UUUGAAGCGCAUUCAAAUUUCGUGUCUGCGAUUCACACAAUUUUCUUCCUUGCUGCUUCCCUUUUUCAUCUCUCAAUUCGUGGUAUUCUGCUCUUGGUUUCUCUUCUUAUAGAUCUAGGGCAUUAUUUGUACGAUAACGCUCAUUUUGUUCGCAACUUUAUAGGAGUAAAUGGAGCGCUUCAGUUCCCAGUUAUACGAAAAAUACAUCAAUCUCAAGAAGAGGAAGUUCUCUGAAAUUGAAGACAGUAAUAAAAAAAGAAUAUCUGAUACGUUGCAAUAUCAAUCAGCUAUUGAACUGCUGAUUGAAGAUUUGAAAACUGAAAAUGAAAAACUGCGUGUGAAGAUAGUUUCCAUGCAGAAGCAAUACCAAGAGAGCCAGGAGCUUCUGCUUAAAGAGAGACAGAAAACAAAUGAGCUCUCCAGUGAAGUAAACAGUCUUAAAAAAACAUUAGCAAAGAAGAUUGAUAAUUUAGAAAGUGCGUCAUUGAGAUCUCCCUGCAGAAAAUCCAGCAUCAGAUUAGAGGACUCAAAUGAAUGCUUACCAAUGAAGAACAAUCUAGAUACACCAUCAGGACAGAAUUCAAUUCAAAGUGAAAAUGCUGCUAUCACUCUGCAUGAAAUUGAUAAUGAGAAUAGAUUGGUGUUUCAUGAUGAGCCUAUGAUUGUAUCUCUUCAGCCAGACUGUUGCAGAAGAACCAAGAGUAAUUAUGGAACUGGAACUGACAGAAGUUACAACCCUUGUGCAUUUCAUACUCUUGUGGAGCUCCUAGUUGGCAUGAAAAUUUAUGUGGAAUACCAAACUGAAGGACCAUGCUUUUCGGUUAUCCAUCAAAUGAGUGGUUUUAAGUUCACUCUUAGCUUGAUGAGAGACAGCGACGGACGAGACGAAAAGUUGCUUUAUCGAGUUUCUUCACUGGGAACUAUAGAGAAUGUGGCUCUCGAAUGGAUGAAAGAUGACAUGGUUUUCGGCUUGGCCAUGUGUCCUGUUUUCUUUGAUAGAGUAUCUAGAGUUGUUGGCCAUAAAUGCUAAAUUUAUUAUUAUUAUUAUUAUGAAUGUUGGCCGGAAAGAUGCUAGAAUCCUAAUGCUUUGUAAUUGAUCAGUGAGUGAUUGCUUUGUUGCACAAAAAUGUAUGGUAAAAUUUUAUACAUUGGAUAACAUGAUUUAGGCUUCAUUUCGAA